CCUGUGUGCGGAACCCAUGUGUGCGGAACCCCUGUGUGCGGAACCUUGGCGGCGGCCGCGGAGCCGGCCGGGCCUGAGCGCGGGGCCGCGGCGGAGGCGGAGCCGGGCCCACGUGUGCGCGGGGCGAUGGCGGCGGUGCCGGGGCUCCCGGGGCUCCCGGGGCUCCCGGCGCUCCCGGGCAUCCAGGGCAUCCGGACCUGCCUCAGGGUGGCGGGAGCAGCGGCGGCGCGCCCCGAGUGCUUCCUCAGUGUGCAGGAUGGGCUGGCUGCCGACUUCAGAGCGAUGACAAAGACUCUCUACGAUUUGAAUAAAGGAAGUAACAUAGUUCGUGGGGGUCCUCUAAAAGAGCUGGUGAUAGAAAAGUUUGAUGAAGAACAGAUUUGGCAGCAACUGGAGCUCCAGAACAAUGCAGUUCUCGAUUUCUUCAAGAAAUCCAUUGCAAGGGAUGCCGAGGAUGAAGAUCUUUGUCUUCUCUCAGACCAGGAAGAGGAUGGCUCUGAUGCAGAGACCAGCAGUGACAAGGAGUUGGAAGACAACAUAAUGGAAGCAGAAACUGAACAAAUUAAUGUGUAUACAAAAGAUAAAGAAAAAGCUAAAACUAAAGCUAAAGAAAAGCAAAGUAAACUCAGAGAAAGCAUAAUGCAGAAAUACAGUGAUGAGGAUUCUGAUAUUGACUUUGAUAUUGAAGCAUUGGAGCAACAAGCUAAAACAGCCAAGGAAAGCACACUGAGAAAGAAGGGAAGAAAAUCUGUAGUGGAUGACAAGUUUUUCAAGCUAGCUGAGAUGGAAGCUUUUUUAGAACAUGCAGAGAAGGAAGAAAAGGAAAAAGAAGAAGAAGAAGAUGACAUUAAUUAUUUUGAAGACAUUAUCUCAGAUGAUGACAAAGAUUUAGAAGAAGCUAAAGUCAAACCAAUAAAAAGUUCAAGAGAUAUGACAUACAAAGAUUUCUUUGAUCCAGUUGAUGAUGAUGGUGAUGAUGAUUUAGUAGCUAAUGAUGCUGAAGAGGAUCAGGAAGAGGAAGCAGACAGUGCCAUUGAAGAGCAAAAUGAAGGAAGUAUGUCUGAGUUCGAGGAUAUGGAUGAAAUGGUGGAGCACAUGAGAAGUAAAGAAGCUUCUAAAAAAGUAACUUUCAAUGUGCCAGAUGACAGUGAAACAGAAGAUGUAGCUGAAGGGCAAUUAGAGAAGGGCAUCAGUCCCAGUGAAGUAAAGUCAUCAUUUGAGAAGAGACAGGAAAAGAUGAGCAAAAAAAUAAAAAGCUUGGAAGAAGCAUUGUUAGAGGAGAAACCUUGGCAGCUGAAAGGAGAAGUGACUGGACAGAAACGCCCUGAGAACAGCCUUUUGGAGGAAACAGUGCUUUUUGACCACGCAGUCCGAAUGGCACCUGUGAUCACAGAAGAAACUACUUUUCAGCUUGAAGAUCUCAUUAAACAAAGAAUAUUGGAUGAGGCAUGGGAUGACGUAGUACCAAAAGAAAAACCCAAAGAGGAAGCUUUUGAUUACAAGAAGCGGAUCAGUUUGGAUCAUGAAAAGAGUAAGCUGAGUCUCGCUGAAAUCUAUGAGCAAGAAUACAUGAAACUUCACCAGCAAAAGACUGAAGAGGAAGAAAAUCCUGAACACAAAGAAAUUCAGGAAAUGAUGGAUUCACUCUUCCAGAAGCUGGAUGCACUUUGUAAUUUCCACUUCACACCCAAACCACCGGUGCCAGAAAUUAAAAUCGUUUCAAACCUUCCAGCUAUAAGUAUGGAAGAAGUAGCACCAGUUGCUGUUAGUGAUGCUGCUCUCUUAGCACCAGAGGAGAUCAAGGAAAAGAACAAAGCUGGUGAUGUAAAAACAGAUGCAGAAAAGACUCCCACAGACAAAAAACGAGAACUCAGAAGGAAAAAGCUCCGUAAACGUAUGAAGCGAAAGGAAAAGGAGAAACGUCAAAAGCUUCUUGAAAAGAUGAAACCAGAGCAAGGCACAAAACUUAGCAAAAAAGCUGCUGCAGCAAAAUUAAAAAGGCUUACCAAAGAAGGCAAAGCAUCCCUGCUCAAGGAUGAAGGUAAAGACAAGGCCUUGAAAUCAUCCCAGGCCUUCUUUUCUCAGCUACAAGAUCAAGUGAGAAUGCAAAUCAAAGAUGCCAGCAAAUUAAAGAAGAAACAGAAGAAGGAGAAAGCAAUCUCUGUUCAUAAACUGAAGUUGUAAUUUACCUUUUUUAUACAGGCAUGUCAGAGGAUUACAGAUGGAAAAGGAAAAGCCAAGGAAGGUCUUUUAAGUAUUACAGAAUAAAGAAAUAUGGCCUGAAUGGAGUUGUCUGUGCCAUGUAAUCGCUGUGAAGUUUUGUAAUGGCAGAAUCUAGGUCUUCAGGAAUCAAAAGAUCCCAAA